UAUUCAGAAAAUAAUGGAUUCGAUUAUUACUUUAAGAACAAAGCUUGAUGGGAAAGGCACUGUACCAAACAUAGCAGCAACUAAUGUUGUGCAAUCUGCAUUUUAUUAAAGUUUACUACUUUAUUAUACUAACCUUACAUCCUCGUUUGUCUUGAAGUCUAUAAUAUAAUUUGUGAUUAAUGUACCACUACUCGUUUAGAACAACACUUGUCUGAUAAACACUCGUUGUUACCAAGCUGGUGAAAAAAAUCCUUUGAAUGAAACAGAAUAUUGUGACCCUCAAAAAAGCAACUCCACAUUUACUUCAAAGUUGCAAGAAUUUGAAGAGUCAUUGCUACUGCUUAAUCAAUCACUUCUUUGCACAGACAGUAAUGCACAUCCAAAUUGCAUGACAGCUAUCAAGGCCACUAAAAAAUUAAACACAUUUCUUAACGAGACUCUUGUAACCAGUCAUAUACAGAUCGUUUUGAUUGCCGAUAUUAUUUCAAAAAUUACAAACUAUGCUGGUUGGUCCAACCUUAAAGAGAUAUUUCUUGAAAUUGUUGACAUACUGGAAAAACUAUUAAAUAUAAACAAGUUGUUAUUUAAAGAAGCAGAGCGGAGUAAAAGAUCUGCCACUAUUAUAUGGAAAGGCUUUAAUCGCAUAGCAUUACUCCUUUCUCAAAAAGCAAAUAAGACAGAGUUGUUCGUGAGUAAAAAGCACUUUGCAUUCGUUCUAUCUAAAGCUACACAUGAAAAUGUUACAAUUACAUGUACAGAUAAUGAGUUGAAACAAAUGGAAAUUAUUGUAUUAAACUCUCAUCAGGAGAUCUUGAACAGCUCUCGUGUAGCAGCUGUUGUUUCAUUGUCGUCUUUCUCGUCAGAGCAAUGGUUUUACGUUACUGCUUUCUCAGAACCUUCACUUUUUGUUACACCGUCACUGGAAACUGUGGCUGUUGAAAGCGUGGUCUUAUCGGUAAAUUUCCCAUAUGAGAAAAAAGCUAAGAAUCAAGUCAUUACGGUACAGUUAAGACCCAAAGGCGGCUUUGGAAGUAAUGACGAAGUGAAAUGUGCAAACUGGAAACAGGGUUUAAUCAGAAAAACAGGUAAUUUGGUUAAUUUUGGUGUUUAA